GAAAGCCUCUUCAGAAGCACGUCCUUGUCUAUUCUGCUUCCUUUGCUCAUGUGCUUCAUGCAUUUCAGCUUGGAUUAUUAUAGACAAAGAUAUUUGGGUGGUAUUUUGCCCCUUACGUGAACUUGUGCUUCCUGUGUGAGACCAUUGUGGCCGAAGUGACUUGAUGAUUCUUGUGCUGUUGUGUCUCUUACUUGGCUAUGGCUACUGAUGGGCUUUGUCAUUUUCAUUUUGCUGAGCAGAAGGUCUUGUUACAGUACAAAUCAUGAUUUUAUAGUUACCUUGCUAUUUGUAGGCUUAGUCUCUAAUUUACUAUCUCAUUUUGUUGUUUCCUGUUUUCCCCUUUGAUGAUGUGACUGGAUUUAGCAGGUAUUUAGUCCCUGUGAUGGAUAAACUGAGGAUGUAUCUCCGGUACUUAAGCAAGGGAGAUAUUUAUAGCACACAUCUGCACUGAGUGUUUAUCUGCACAAGGGACACUGCAGGAAACAAAAGCUGUGGACCAGAGGUGUGUGGUUGUCAGAAUAUACCUAGUCCUCUGUGGAUAAAUCGGCUUUAAAAAAAAGUGGCCUAAAGUGCGACUUAGCAGAGUGCCUGGAUCAAGUCUGAAAUACAACAAAUACGCAGCAGCGAAGUACCACAUCAAGUGUUGCUCAUCUCUCAGAUUUCCUGGGCCUCUGUGGGAUUGCUGGCAGGGUGUGCCUUGCUGAAGUGCCAGAGACACAGGGGCUCUGCCCUCCAGACCUCCCUCCCUCUUCUCCCUCUCUGCUGGGCUGCUGGAGUGUGUGCGUGUGUGCUGGCAGCCGUUUGGCUCUGCAGACAGAGAGAGAACAGUGUAAGUGUUGCUACUGAUGUAAUAGAACAUUUCAGAUCCCGGCUGAAAGAUAAAGGAUUUACAGGUAAUGCAAUAGUGCUGUUACAAAUACGUAUGCUUUAUUCCAAAAGUUAUACCUAACUUAGGUAAAGCUCUUUUGAGCUCUCCUAGUUAAAAACGAUAGUUUAAAAAAAAAACAAAACAGCAACAGGUACAAAUUAAGAUAGUUCUUGGUUUUCUAGAAACAAAUCAUUGAGAUUUCCUUUCCAACAAUACUUCUGAAGCACAGAUAAAAUGGCUUCCUGUCCCAGGGUUUCCUGUAUCCAUGGCAACCUCACUUUAACCACUUCUUUCUUAGUUUCCUGAGCAAACAGUUGCAAAUCCUGGGGCAAAAUGUGAGGGCUCUAGUACGUGGCAAUACUGCCUUUACAAAGGUUUCACAGAUGAGUAUAGUUGGUAAGCUUGUACUGAGUGAACUGCAAAACGGCAAAGUAACAGAAAUAAUGAACUUCAGAUUUGGGCGAAGUGAGAGAUGAGUGAGAAGGCCAAAGACAGGGAUAUGUGUGGUCUGCAAAGUUCUCCACCCUGCCCGGGAGCAUUCCUGUAUAUCCUUAAUUGUUUUCUUUUGCUGCUGCUCCAGAAGGAGGCUCUUGGCUGUCCAGCUGCUUGCCAGCUCUGCACAGGGAGACAAGUUAGCUGUCGUAAUUUAGGGCUUUCGAGCAUCCCGCAGAACUUUCCAAAAACAACAAUUCUUGUGUACCUCAGUGGGAAUAAUAUAUCGCGUGUCACUCCAAAUGAACUAAGAGGCUUUCAGAAGCUUGCUGCACUCUACAUGGAUAACUCCGGUAUUUCGUAUGUACACCCGAAAGCUUUUGUGGAACUCCCCAAACUGUGCUACUUGCAUCUAAAUAACAAUAAUAUUAAACGCCUAGAUCCAGGAAUCUUUGAAGGUCUUUCCAAUCUUCAUUGUUUAUACCUUCAGAAUAAUCAAAUAGCUUUUGUUCCCAGAGGAUUAUUUAGUGAUCUCCUUUCUGUUAGAUAUUUAACACUUCAAAGAAAUCGUCUCAGUGUCGUUGGAAGUGGGACUUUCUUAGGAAUGAUAAGUCUCCAAACACUUAACCUAGCUGAUAAUAAGAUUUCACGGAUAUCAGAUUCAGCAUUUCAUCAUCUUGAAAACCUUGCAUAUUUGUUCCUUGAAGGUAACAACUUGACACUUGUGCCAUCGAAUGCUAUUGGAAGGCUCAAAAAUCUUGAAAGACUUUCCUUGUCUCACAAUCCCAUUGGAUCAAUACAUCCUUUUGCAUUUAAAGGACUUAACAAGCUUAGAUAUCUUUCUUUAAAAGAUGUAAAGCUAAAAUGUAUUGCUGUAAAUGGAUUUUUUGGAUUAAACAACCUUAGCCAGUUAAUCUUAAGUUAUAAUGACUUAGAAAAUAUAGAUUCCAGCACUUUUACUUUAUUGAACAAUUUAAUGUAUCUGCAGCUAGACAGAAAUAAAAUAACCAGUAUUGGCGAUGGUACCUUUGAAAAAAUGGGGCAGUCACUUAAAAUACUCAGUUUAGCAUUUAAUAAUAUUACAGAGUUGCAACCUGAAGUGCUCAAGCCCUUAGUGUCUUUAACUGAUCUACAGGUAAAUUAUAAUCCUUGGAACUGCAGCUGCAAAAUGCUUGGGUUACUUAAUUGGCUAGCAUCGUCUCCUAUUUCUGUAAAAAUUCAUUGUCAGAGUCCCCUGAGUAUGCGUGGUAGACCUUUGCAUUACAUUAAGUGGACUCAGUUUGCAAACUGCAGUAGCCCUACUGCCAGCCCAGAAACAGCACGGAGUCUAGGAUCCGUAGGUGUCCAUCACAGCUCUACCACUUUGCUGAUGGCGUGGCAUAAGGGAAACAGGCACAACACAUUUGAACAGUUUGUCAGUGCAGAAACUAAAUAUAUUGCUUUCUCAGAAGGAACUACAGCUACAUCUGCUCACCUGCUGCCCUAUGGAGAAAACGCCACUGAAAUUCCAUCACAGACAACUACAGUAUUAUCAACAUUACCGGUGCAAAUACCAGCACAGAUUAUACCUGUUAACAGAACUGUAGAAGAAAAAGGCUUAACUCCAACAGAUGCUGCUCCUGUAUCAUUAAAAACAUCCCUAUUUUGUACACAACAGGUUGAAAAGCUGAAUCAGGCUUUUGACAUUUUACUAGGCUUUUUCGUUCUGGCUUGUGCUGUGAUCCUGUUCUUAACCUGUAAGAUUAUUCAAUUUAGGCAGAAACUAAAGGUGCUGGAAAACUCAGGGGAAAAGAGAAUAGAAUAUUACGGGUUUUAUCAGCCUGGCAGAUACAACAUAACUGACCCAGUGCAGUCUCUGACUCAGAAUUCAAUGGGGCAUUCGGAACUGGACCAAAUCAGGCUGCUCAAGCGAACAGCAUCUGAAAGUCAGGCGCAGGUCAUAUUGUUUGAACAUUCAUCAUUGUAAUUUAUCUCAUUUGAUUUGAUAUUAACUUUACUGUGAUCUGAAAUGUCAAGAAAUCAAGAACUCAAUUUUCUAAAAAUACCUUCACUGAUUAAAAUCAAGUGGUUGAUAGAAUUGUGGAAAAAUGGUAUAAUUUGGGUUCUGCAUCAUCAUUUGCUUCCUGCCUGUUUUGAAGUUUAUUGAUUUUUAUUAGAUGUCAUUUAAAUCUGACAUGGAUAGGUAUAUUAUUGUGUCCCUGUUGUAGGAAUCUUUUGCCUAUAACUGAAGUAUAUGUGCAAUAUAAACUACACAUACAUUUAUUUUUAUUUUGCAGUACUUAAUGGUAUAAGUUUCUAUAGAAAUUCCAUAGCAAGCUUGAUGCAAGCAAAACAUCAGUUUUUAGCAGAUCAUGAAGCCAAGAAAUCUGGGGGAAUGAGAAAAAAAGCAAUGUUUCUUUUAUUUAUUGUAAUGCAGUUUCUACUCUGCCUCUAUUGAUCAUUAUAUUGGAAAAAAAAGUGAGCAUAUUUACAUCUAGCAUGUUCAAACUCUCGAGAAAAGAAAAAUUUAAAAUAUACAAAUUUUAUUCAUACCUAUGACAUUUUUUAAUAUACAACGUUGUGUAUUCAGUCUGUAUAAUGAAUAUAUUAAAGUGAAUUUUUUGCUAGUGUGGAUCUGUAUCAUUUUAUGAUAAAACCUGAAACUGGGGUUAAUAAGGAAACUAAAUUUCUAUCAAAUUGAAAAAUUGACCAAGCUUAUUACGUCUUAAGGUGGUAGACCUGGUUAUUGUCAAUAAAAGGUAUUUUGUCAUCUAUAUAGUAAUAGUUUAAGGGGGGGUUGGCUAGAUAAGAGGUAUAAACUGAAGAAAUAUACUACACUUUAAAAACAUAAUUCUAGAUUAGUUACUGAAGAUAUUUACAUAUUUGUGUUGUAUAUUUGGAAGUGUCAGGUCAAAGUAUGUUUUCUUAGCGAAGACCUAAUUUUAGGCUUCAUCUUCAAAAGAUGGAUAUUUUACUAUAUAGUUUGCAUUUGGUUUAACUUUUUAUUUCUAUUUCAAAUAUUGAUGUCUGUUUACAUUAUUUUCAGGUUAUGUCUACUGUGUUGUAGCUGUAUUUUCGAACUGAAUUUCUGAUACUUUUUUUUCUCGUUGUUACUCCAGUAAUUCAAACUUUAAUCAGGAGAAAGUCAUUAAAAUAUGUUCCAAAUAGUCCAAUCUUGUAAAAUUUUCAGCUAGCUGAAUGGGACUUCUGUAGAUGCUGUUUGUUUUCUACAGGCCUGUGCCCUAGAGACUUCAACCACUUCAUUUAUAAGCAACACAAUUUACAGUUAGAUCACUUUGCUCAAGGAAGAAUGGAGAACACAGUUUUGAUAGUCUGUCCUCCAUGGGCUUGAUUUAAGUUGUGUAGAAGUAUCUUGCUGUUCCAGGAUCCAGCCUGGAGACCGGGGCAUUUUCCAGAUGAACCAGAACUGCUCUCCAGGUUCUUGUUCUAGCCUGCCUGCUUUCUGCUGGUGUAACUCACGUGUGUGGCUGUGUUGGGCUGCUCCCUAAUGUUCUGUUUGUCUGUCUCCAGUUCAUUUCCAGUAAUGACACAUACUAUUUGCUACCAGUACAUACAUAGACCUUGACUGCACUGUGUGGGUGUGAAUGUGCAAGUAUGCCUUUGUUGUUCCUUGUUAUAUGUUUCUAUUGAAUGUAAUGAAAUAGCAAUUUACUGUAUCAUAAUACUAUAUUUUACUGUAAUUUACUGUAUAAUAGAUCAAAUACUUUUAUGGAACACUGAAGUCAGCUACUUGGGCAAAAGCUCUAACUAUUUUGGAUUGCUCGAGUAGAAGCUAUUUUUUUAAUAA